AUGUUCCUCUUGGAUUAUCUCAACCACCGGCGCGACUGCCAGUUCAAACAGAACGAGCGCGUCGCUCGCCUCCGUGGCCUCCCCUCGUGCUACCACGCCGCCUUCUCUCCUCUCGACCGCGACAUCGUCACCAAGCCCAUCCAAUCGCUCGUCGAAGAUGUCCACAACGACCCCUCCAAGGCUACGCAGAUCUUGCGCACUUACGGUAAAGUGGCCGUCAAAGCGCACGAGAAAACCAACUGUGUGACGGAAGUCAUGAUCGAGCCCGCUGAACGCUGGCUCAAGGACGGCAGCGUCAAUCUCAAGGGGCCAUUGGCCGGAAUCCCGAUCAGCCUGAAGGAUUCCCUCGAGGUGGGAGGGUUCGACACCACGGUGGGGAUCAGCAGCCUGACAGGCAACGCGCAAAGGACCGACGGACCGCAUGUGAAGCUCCUGAAAGACGCGGGCGCCGUGCCCUAUGUCAAGACAAACAUCCCCAUCACGCUCCUCAGCUUCGAGUCGACCAACCAAGUCUGGGGCCAGUGCACAAACCCCUACAACGAAAAGUACACACCCGGUGGCUCGACAGGCGGCGAAGGUGCGCUGCUCGCCCUAGGAGGUCGGCUGGGUGUCGGCAGCGAUGUGGCAGGCAGCGUGCGUGUCCCCGCGCACUGGAGCGGCAUCUACUCUCUCCGCUGCUCGACGGGACGAUGGCCCAAGAGUGGGGCUCUCACACCGAUGCCUGGGCAAGACGGUGUGCCUUCGGUCCUGAGCCCAAUGACCCGAACACUCAACGAUUUGGCGUACUUUACCCGGUCGAUUGUGCAAAUGGAGCCGUGGAAAUACUGCUACACGUGCCACCCGCUUGCCUGGCGAUCAGAUGUUGAGAAGGCGUACAAGGAGAAGAAGGUGCUCAAAGUUGGCAUCAUGCGAACAGACAAUGUCGUCGACCCUUCACCACCAUGCCAGCGAGCACUGGAGAUGACAGAGGCCGCCCUGAGGAGGGCAGGGCACGAGAUUAGGGAGAUCUCACCUCCCGAUCCCUACGAAGGUCUCCAGGCCGCCUCUCUCCUGCUGAAUAACGACGGCGUGAGGACGGCGACUGACUGCAUGCGCUGGGGCGAGUGGAACGACAAGGGCGUCGCACAGAUGCUAUUCUACAUGAGACUACCCCGUCCGAUCAAGUACCUACACUACCUGUGGGUCAAGUACGUCCGGCGGGAUCCCGUCUGGGCGGGCUUGCUGCGAGACUGGCACCCCAAGAGUGCUUACGAGGUCUGGGGGCUGAACGCGAGGCGCGAGGCGUACAAGCGCAGGUGGUUCGAGUGGUGGAAUCAUGUGGACGUGGACUUUAUCAUCGCGCCGCCGAAUGCCACGCCGGCAGUACCGCACGGUGGUAUGCAUGAUGCCGUGAGCAGCUGUGGGUACACGUUCUUGUUCAAUCUGCUGGAUUACACUGCAGGAAUUAUCCCUGUCACCCACGUUGACCGGGAGAAGGAUGCCUUGAGCCCUCACUUCAACAUCAAGAAGCUGAACGGUGUGGCGCAAGGAGCAUACAAGCUGUAUGAUGCGGAUGCGAUGCACGGGCUGCCGGUGGGUGUGCAGGCCUAUCAACACUCAGCCUCUUUCGUGCCCAAGUUGGCAACCAAAAUAGUCCAAUGGCUUGACCUACAAAAGGACGAUGUCCUUCUUGAUGUCGGCUGUGGCGACGGCGUCCUCGACGUCGAAUUCGCCAAGAUCCUCGCCCAGGGCAGUGGAUCUCUCCAUGGAACUGAUGCCUCUUUGGCCAUGAUCGACGCGGCGAGGCAAACUUGCAGAGACGCCCCCAAUGCGACCUUUCAAGUGAUUGACUCCACGACUCCGAAUGCCUACCAGCGGGAGACCUACACCAAGGUAUUUUCCAAUGCAGCCCUCCACUGGAUCCUCAGUGCUCCAAGCACGCGUACGUCAACCUUCCAGUCCAUGUACGACGCUCUUCAGCCCGGUGGCUCGCUGAUCCUGGAGAUGGGUGGCCAAGGUAACGUAUGCGAGAUGCGCACAGCCAUCGUGUCCGCGCUUGCUCGACGCAUGUCCAUGGAGAACAUCAUUGCCGCAGAGCCUUGGUUCUUCCCCAACGAAGCUUGGUUGCAGCGCACGCUUGAGAGCGUCGGGUUCGUGGUAGAGAGGUGUGAGCGCGAGUGGAGACCCACGACCGCCGACCGAGGCGGUGUCGAAGGUUGGGUGAGGUUGAUGGGCGGACAGUGGCUGGAUGUGCUAGAUGAUGAGCAGCAGCGGGAAGAAGUCAUCAAAGAAUGCGCACAGGUCCUGCGACACGUUUGUGGGGGAGAGGGUGGUGACGGGAAGGAGAUGAUCAGCUAUGUCAGGCUGCGUGCGGUGGCCAAAAAGCCGGCCGCGUGA